UCCCUCCAUUUCCAUCUAGCUUGUCUCCGGGUGUCCGCAAAAUUAACAUAGAACUUCUUCACUAAAACACACUUUUUCUCCCAUUCAUGACAUUAAAAUACAGCCUUCCAUUAGAAAGGGAAAAAGAAACAAACCCGAAACCCGAAUUAUUCUUUUCUCUUUCUUUUUCUUAACUUAUCAGUAGUUAACCUUUGCUUCAGAAUUGAGUUUCAGGUUUCUUGAUACUAGCAAUCUUCUCUGCAAUUUCAAAGUGACAAAAAAGGAAUUAUGCAGUUAGUUAUGGAGGCAAGUAGUAACAACCUUCCACUCAAUUAGCAGUUGAUUUUCACAACCAAAUAAUCAAAAUCUGAAUCAUCCACCAGAUCCCAGUACUCCUCAAGAACAAGCUAACGAGCGCUUCUCAUAACUACCAUGACAAUCAGGUCUGUUACAAAUCCCUUUUGAAAGCUGAUACUUCUACAGCUUCUGUUGCUGUUGUGGAGAAACUAAUCACAAACACAAAGAACCGGAGAGAGUACCACCAACACAAGAAAAAGAUUCUGAGAAACCAGCAGGAACCAUGCACCAGAACAACCAGCAACCCAUUCCCAAUAACCAAGAGGACUUCAAACUGAAGGAUACGAAUCCCCGACUUGGAGAAAGAUGGCCAAAUGGGGGCGUACGAGGUGGUGGGGGGUGGAUGAGUGGAGACAAAAUUACCAGCACUUACGACCUCGUCGAACAAAUGUACUAUUUGUAUGUUCGAGUUGUCAAAGCCAAAGACCUUCCUACUAGUGCCAUCACUGGAAGCUGUGAUCCUUACGCGGAGGUAAAGCUUGGAAACUAUAAAGGUACAACAAGACAUUACGAGAAGAAAACACACCCAGAAUGGAAUCAGGUAUUUGCUUUCUCGAAAGAAAGAAUCCAAUCGUCAGUAUUGGAGGUUUUCAUCAAGGAUAAAGAAAUGGUUGGAAGAGAUGAUUACCUUGGGAAGGUGUUGUUUGAUCUUAAUGAAGUGCCGACUCGAGUUCCACCUGAUAGUCCCUUGGCUCCUCAGUGGUAUAGACUUGAAGACCGACGUGGAGAAGGAAAGGUGAGAGGUGAAAUUAUGCUUGCAGUUUGGAUGGGAACACAGGCUGAUGAAGCCUUCCCAGAGGCCUGGAAUUCAGAUGCUGCAACAGUUCAUGGGGAAGGCGUAUUCAAUAUCCGAUCAAAAGUUUAUGUCUCGCCGAAACUUUGGUACCUCAGAGUUAAUGUAAUUGAAGCACAGGACAUACAACCAAAUGAUAGAGGCAGGCUUCCUGAAGUGUAUGUGAAGGCUCAAGUUGGUACCCAAAUUCUCAAAACAAAGUUAUGCCCAACACGAACGAUUAAUCCACUUUGGAACGAAGAUCUUGUCUUUGUAGCAGCUGAACCAUUCGAAGAGAAAUUGGUCCUUACGGUUGAGGAUCGAGUACAUCCGUCUAAAGAUGAAGUGCUUGGAAAGAUAAGUUUGCCACUCAACUUGUUUGAAAAGCGCUUGGACCACCGCCCUGUUCACACUCGAUGGUUCAACCUCGAAAAGUUCGGAUUUGGAGUCUUGGAAGGUGACAAAAGGAAGGAGCUCAAGUUCUCAAGCAGAAUUCAUCUAAGAGUGUGCCUCGAAGGUGCUUAUCACGUACUUGAUGAAUCAACAAUGUAUAUAAGCGACCAACGGCCAACUUCAAGGCAACUAUGGAAGCAACCGAUCGGCAUUCUGGAAGUAGGUAUUCUCAGUGCACAAGGGCUUCUGCCAAUGAAAAUGAAAGAUGGGCGAGGUGCCACAGAUGCUUACUGCGUCGCGAAGUAUGGGCAGAAAUGGGUGCGAACAAGAACAAUAAUCGACAGCUCCGGCCCAAAAUGGAACGAGCAGUACACAUGGGAGGUUUAUGAUCCCUGCACAGUGAUCACAUUAGGGGUUUUUGACAACUGCCACUUGGGCCAUGGUGACAGACCUGGUGGGGCGGGCGGAGGUGGUGGUUCUGGAAGAGAUUCAAGAAUCGGAAAGGUAAGAAUUCGACUAUCAACAUUAGAAGCAGAUCGAAUUUAUACAAAUUCUUACCCGCUUCUAGUACUUCACCCAUCUGGGGUGAAGAAGAUGGGUGAGCUGCAGUUGGCUGUGCGUUUCACGUGCUUGUCCCUUGCUAACAUGAUAUACCUUUACGGUCACCCACUACUACCAAAAAUGCAUUACCUGCAUCCAUUCACAGUAAAUCAAUUAGACAGCUUAAGAUACCAAGCCAUGAGUAUAGUUGCUGUAAGGUUGGGACGAGCUGAACCGCCACUGCGAAAGGAAGUCGUUGAGUACAUGUUGGAUGUAGAUUCUCACAUGUGGAGUAUGAGAAGAAGCAAAGCUAACUUCUUCCGGAUAAUGUCCUUACUAUCAGGAAUGAUCUCGGUCAGUAGAUGGUUCGACGAUGUUUGUCACUGGAAGAACCCAAUCACAUCAGUUCUUGUUCACGUUCUCUUCCUAAUAUUGAUCUGGUACCCUGAACUGAUUCUUCCAACAAUCUUCCUGUAUAUGUUCCUCAUUGGAUUAUGGAACUACAGAUUCCGAGCUAGGCACCCACCACACAUGGACACAAGACUUUCAUGGGCAGAAGCAGUUCAUCCAGACGAGCUCGACGAAGAAUUCGACACUUUCCCAACAUCGAGACCUCAGGAUAUUGUUAGAAUGAGGUAUGAUCGGCUCAGAAGUGUUGCAGGAAGAAUUCAGACAGUAGUAGGAGAUAUGGCAACUCAAGGAGAGAGAUUUCAGUCUCUGUUAAGCUGGAGAGAUCCUAGAGCAACAAGUCUCUUCAUAGUUUUCUGUCUCUGUGCAGCUAUCAUUCUGUAUGUAACUCCUUUUAAGGCACUGGCGCUGCUCGUAGGGCUAUAUAUGCUACGCCAUCCAAGAUUCCGAAGCAAAAUGCCUUCCGUCCCCAGCAAUUUCUUUAAGAGGUUGCCGGCUCGAACUGAUGGAAUGCUUUAAUCGGUUGAGUAGUAACUUUCAAAGUGAUAUCUCUUCUCACAGCUGAUGAUACUUGUAAAACACCAACCUGCAUUGUUGGAAUUAGUUCUAAUUUUUCAGAUGUAUUUGUAUUUAUUAUGACUUCUGAGUUCCAAUGAAGUCUAAUGGGUUAUUUGGUUUUUCUUUUCUAACCA